AUGGGAGUUGCCCCCUCUGCAGCCCCAGGCAGUGGGCCCGAGGCUGUCCUCACAGAGAAGUGGGAGAACUUGCUGACCUACAAGCGGAGAACCAUAGAGCACAUGCUGCAGGUAGAGGCCUCCCAGGAGCCCUGUGUGUACAGCCUGAAGCAGCUGCUGCAGAGGUUACUGAAGAGCAAUAGCCACUUGAAUGAGGAGUGCGGGGAGCUCCUCCUGCAAAGAGGAACCACGAAGGUGGCCGCAGGUCUGGUUCUGAACAGAGACCAGAGGCUAUCCUGGCCUGAGAACAGUGUUGACUUAGUCAGCAGGGAGCUGUAUGCGCAUUCCAUCAGGAAGCUGCAGGCCCACGUUCUGUUCAUCAAAGCAGUCCACGGAUAUUUUGAUGUGAGAAGAGAGAAUUACUCUGACAAGGAGUCCCUGUCGUUCAUGAUACACACGCUGAAGUCCACCCUCAAAGAGCAGUUCCAGUUUGUGGAAAUUCCAGGCAAUCACUAUGUCCACAUGAGCGAACCCCAGCAUGUGGCCAGUAUCAUCAGCUCCUUCUUACAGCACAAACACAUGCUCACAGCCUAGCUGUAGCUCUGGGCCUGGAACUAUGACGACCUCGUGCUGCCAGACUCAACACUGGGAAUGUGAGUUCCCGAGCCCUGCAAUAAGGCCAGGCCUGUGGGGAAAACAGAUCAGACUGUUACUGUGUCUAUGUAGAAAGAAGCAGACAUAAGAGACUGUAUCUUGUCUGUACUAAGAGAAAUUCUUCUGCCUUGAGAUGCUGUUAAUCUGUAACCCUAGCCCCAACCCUGUGCUUGCAGAGACAUGUGCUGU